GCAGUCGUGCCAUAACACUAGACAAGGCCAGUAGCAAGCAACAUGGACGAGUACACGAUGGAGCAUGUCAUCUCGAAGGAGCCGGCUAAGAUCGUAUGCCAGGUCCUGCACAAGGCGACGUCGCGUCGGUUUGCCAUGAAGAUCUACGACACGGCGCUGAUGGACGUGCACCGCCUCAACGCGUUGCGCGUCGAGUUGAACACGCUGCUUCCGAUCAACCACCCGAAUCUCAUCAACGUACAUGACAUCAACGUUGAGGACGGACUGUGCUAUGUGGUGUGCGAUCUCGAAGAAGGCGACGACUUGUUCGACGUUCUACUCAGAAAGGGUCGAUUCAGUGAAGACGAAGCCAAGGCGUUGAUCAAGGUGCUGCUCGAAACAGUGCGAGACUGCCAUGCAUUGGGAAUGGUCCAUCGCAACCUCAAGCCAGAGAGCGUGUGGAUGCCAUGUUCCGACGAUCCAACUUGCUUGAAGCUAUCGAACUUUGGGUUGGCGGUGUCAACUUCAGACGACAACGCCAUGACUGCUGUCUGCGGAUCCCCAGAUUAUAUGGCACCAGAAAUUCUGGCCAACUUGCAGCCGCCCCUCGCCUCGUACGGACCCCAAGUGGACGUGUGGUCGCUUGGUGUGGUGGCUUACGUCCUCCUAAGCGGCGUCUUUCCGUUCUCUGGAUCCACCCAAACCGACCUCUUUGACGCAAUUCAAGCGGGCAUCCUCGACAUGCCUGACGUGUCUGCCCCUGCCAAGCGCUUUAUAUCGAACAUGCUCACAGUGGACCCAACCCAACGUGCGACACUCGAUGCCUUGUUGCAGCAUCCGUGGCUACAACAUGUUCCCAAAAACAUCGUCACAUCUGACUCAUCGAAUGCAAUCGAGACUGCUGGUGGAGCCGCGCGACGCAAGUUCAAGGCCGCCGCCAUGACGGUGCAGGCGACGCUGGCGUUAAAAAACCACUUUUGUAUGCCACCACCAACCCUUCCCAUGUCUCAGAUCGUUAUCCCGGACGAAGUCGCCAUCAACAAGCGACACGAAACGCUGACAAUGGACGCCUUCCUGGCGGCAUAUGACAUGGCCGACCAUCAUCGCCAGGAUAUGAGUUUGCACGACAGCGGCGGCGUCACCGCCCGACGAUAUGCGACAGCGUCGGGAGUGGACGUUUACCUGACAUUUUACUCGAAAGAGAUGAUGGCAUUCGAAGACGAAGUCGACUUGCAUGCGCAUGUGGACAUCCUCAGGCAGCUGACCUAUCACGGGAACAUUGCAAACUUGCAUGCGUUCUACUCGGACUGCUACGAGUACUGCGUCGCCAUAGAACACGUCCCCAACGCUACAGACCUCUUUGAGCGAGUGGUCGACAGAGGCUGUCCGGACGAACAAGAGGCCCGACAGAUCAUGACGAGGGUAUUAAAAGCCGUCGAGCAUUGCCACGACAAGGGUAUUAUCCAUCGUAAUAUCAAGCUCGAGAGUGUGGUCGUCACCGCUGGCGUGUACUCUGCCGACACUUGUGUGAAAUUGACCAACUUUGGGAUGGCAACUCGAGCGGACGCGGACGUGACGCUUGUGUGCGGCUCAUACGACUACAUUGCUCCAGAAGUUCUCGACAAUAUCGACGCAGGGGAUGGCGGCGGGUGUCCGUAUGGCGUGGAGGUGGAUAUUUGGAGUGUGGGGGUGCUGGUGUUUGUCCUCCUCGGCGGCUAUUUACCCUUUCACGGCCCCACUCAAGUCGAACUGUUCCAAGCUAUUAAGACUGGACACGUGCAGUUUGACGAGCCAUACUGGCAGCACAUUUCGAAAGAUGCCAAGGACUUUAUAUGUAGCAUGCUCGUGACCAACCCUCGACGCAGGCGCAGUGCCAAGGAGCUGCUUCAGCACGCGUGGAUCACAUCGCCAACCAUCGUUCCUCUUAACCAAGUCGAACCAAAACCGUCGCCUGCCAAACAACGGUUCCGGACGGCGGCGCUGUCGGUCAAAGCGGCCGUGUCGUUCAAACUCUGGACGACAUUUGCCUCGAAAUACUCGGAAGUGGAUCAGUCGACGUGCGUGUGCACCGCCACUGGCCGCGUCUUCGCAUUAAAAAAGUUCACAACAGGUGGCCCGACUACCAGCACACACGUGGCGGUGCUCACGAGGCUCAAGCAGCACCUGCCAGAGGUGGCGCCCGUCCGCGAUGUGUUUUACGAAAUGGACGAGGUGUAUGUAGUCGAACAAGACAUGCAAGAGAGUGGUGGCGACGACCUCUUGUUCAAUCGCAUUGUGGCCAAUGACGGAUACAAUGAAAUCGACGCCGUGCACAUCGUCACGUCGUUGUUGCAUGCCGUGCAGAAGUGUCACACCGUGGACGUUGUGCAUUCCAACUUGACUGCGGAAAACAUUUGGUUGCAAGGCGGCAACAACGACGAGCCACCAUCGAUCAAACUGACAAACUUUGGGCAAACCCGGCACGAGCUCCUGGCGGGUAUCGAGUACGCAGCCCCAGAAGUCGUGACCUCCCAACUAUGCGUACACGACAGCGGGGACGACAAGCGCCACUAUGACAAGCCUGCCGAUGUAUGGAGCGUGGGCGUGGUCGCGUUUGUGCUGCUGUGCGGGUACCUGCCGUUCCACGGCCGCAGCGGGUUCGACUCGUUCCGGCGCAUCAAAAGAGGCAAAGUGGAGUUUGAGUCUCCAUAUUGGGACCACAUCUCGAGCGAUGCGAAGGCGUUCAUAUCAAGUGCAUUGAUGGUGGAUCCAACCGCGAGGUUUGAGAGAUCAUCGAUUGAAACGGUGAGAUGUGUAUAUGUGACGAGGAACGGGUGGCUGCGAUAGGGCGACGGUAUCCGACCUCGUGGCGCAUGCGUGGAUAUGCGAUGACGGGUUGUUGGACAAUACCAAGUUCGUUCCAUUAACCAAUACGGUGGCCAAAAUCACAUUGUUCAAUGCCCGACGACAGCUCAAAGCCGUGAUAAAAGUGGUGCGAUGGUGUUGUUCUUAUGUGCAUAAUAUCACAUGGGAAUAAAGUAAUUACUCUGAGGUUGUUGGCUGUAUGUAGGUUCAAACGAGUGUCCAGGUGUCGUCGACUAAAUCCAACGAACCGUGCGACGUCGUCCAGAAAAAAUGUGACACUGCGGGGACUGUGCAAAGUGCAUGAGAACGAAAGUUGCGGUCACGACACACACAGGACUAGCAAUCUAUUUCACAAGAUAAAACAUACACUCUUGUGGUCCACA